AUGAUGGACAGCCGCAUCCUGGAGCAUCCUCAUGCCCAGUUCGGGGGGAUGGUGGGUUUCCCUUACCCGCUCGGGCACCACCACGUCUACGAGCUGGCCGGGCACCAGCUGCAGUCGGCGGCCGCCUCCGUGCCCUUCUCCAUCGAUGGAUUACUGAGCGGCUCCUGCGCCGCCUCUGUGGUCAACCCGGCGCCGCUGAUCCCCUCCGGCUGCGGGGUGAGCGGGGACAGCCAGCCCUUCAAGCUCGCAGACUCGGGUGACCCGGACAAGGAAAGUCCUGGCUGUAAAAGAAGACGAACCCGCACCAAUUUUACUGGCUGGCAGCUCGAGGAGCUGGAAAAGGCGUUUAAUGAGAGUCAUUACCCGGACGUGUUUAUGCGAGAGGCUCUGGCUCUCAGGCUAGACUUGGUGGAGUCCAGAGUGCAGGUCUGGUUCCAAAACCGCCGGGCCAAAUGGAGAAAGAAAGAGAACACGAAGAAAGGCCCGGGGCGGCCGGCUCACAACUCCCACCCCACGACGUGCAGCGGGGAGCCCAUGGACCCCGAGGAGAUCGCCCGGAAGGAGCUGGAGAAGAUGGAGAAGAAGAAGAGAAAGCACGAGAAGAAGCUACUCAAAAGCCAAAGCCGCCACCCGCACUCUCCCAGCGCCCUGUCCCUGCACAGCACGCCCAGCUCCGACAGCGACAGCGGCGGCGGGGGAGGCCUCUCGCCCGCCCCGCCUGAGGCCAAGCCCCGCGGGCAGCCCCCGCCGCCCCAUCCGCCGCUCCCCGCCGAGCCCUUCUACCCCAGCCAAAGAAGCGGGAGCGGGCGGCUCCAGCGCCCGCCCGACAAGGACUGCGCGGCCGCCCCGUCGGGGGACGGCAGCGGGGGCGCGGGGGGGCCCCGCGGCGCCGGCAGCUUCCACAAGCUCAACCCGUUCAGCGUGGAGAGCCUCCUCUCCGACUCACCGCCCCGCCGCAAGGCCGCCCCGGACUUCCCCAGCCUGCCCCCCUGCGCCCCCCGCACCCUCAUCGGCAAAGGACAUUUCUUGCUCUACCCCAUCACGCAGCCCCUGGGCUUCCUCGUCCCGCAGACCGCCCUCAAGGCCAGCCCGGGCCCCGAGGCCGGCCAGCCCCCCCGGGACUCCCCGCUGCCCGCCGCCAACCCCGGCCCGCCCGGCUGCGGCGCGGAGCCGGCGCCCGCGGGUGCCCAGCCCGGCCCCGGCUCCACGGACACGGCGGGGGCGGUGCCCCCCGCGCCGGCCGGAGCCUCGCCCCGCUCCGCGGCCGCGCACGGUGACCCGGCGGCGGCCGCCCCCGCGGAGGGCGGCAGCUUCCCCCGGCCCGAAUCGCCGGUCCGGGCGCGGGACGCCAGCACAGCCAGGGACAGAUCGGACUGCGGCCCCGCCGACGGCGAGGAGCUGGACAUGGACUGAGCGGGCGGGCAAAACGAAACAAAAAAAAAAAAAAAA